AAUCAAAAAGAUCCUGCAGAGUUAGAUUUUUUGGUCACCUACAAAUAUUAUGCUGAUUACGUGUUGAGUCAAAACCCAAAAAUGCAUCCAGAGGAUGAAGAACUUCACAAACUUUAUACAAAAUAUAAGGAAGAGUUUGGCUUGCGUCAACUUCGAACAUUUUUUGAGGCUCAUCGUAAUGAAGAAUGGUUCUUAGAAAAAUAUCAUCCAACUCAUAUCGCGAAAAGAGCGACAGAAAUUAAUGCCUUAAAGAAACAACUCUAUGAUAAGUUCAUCACAGAAUUGAAAGCUGGUAAAUUUGAUGCGAUCUGCAAUGAAAAUGAAGAACCAGAAACAACUAUUAAGGAGGAUGCGGUAGUAAAGACGGAAGAAACAGUGACUGAAGUCAAAUCUGAGGUGGAUGAUGAUGGAAAUCGUCUUUUUAUCAAGAGUGUGCCGCCCACUAUUAAGCGCGAGAAAAUUAUUGAGAAUUUGUUUAUGAAGAUGUGCAAUAAAGUUGAAGGAUUCAAAUAUCUUGCUUUAUCGGAACCUAAUCCCUCCAAAAAAUUUCAUCGCCUGGGCUGGAUUGUUUUCGAAGAAGGAACCAAUAUGGAUGCCGCAUACGAACAAUUAAAUGAGCAAAAAGUUGAUGAGUUCACUUUUUAUUUAGCUCGUCACAAAAAUGCUGGCACCGUUCGCAAUCGUGUUGCCCCUGAAAUAGCGAAUCAUAUCGAACGGGUUACGAAAGAUAAGCAACGCAUGGAGGACAUAAUUAAGAAACUUGACAAAGAGCUCGGAUUCAACGGUUAUAGAAAACUUCGGGAAAGAAUUAAUACUAUUACUAAUGAAAAUAAACCUGAUUAUCAUCAAAAGUCUUUGGAUUUGUAUUUAGAAUAUGCACGCCGGGUUCAUUUAUUCUGUUAUUAUUGUGGUAGCGAUUCUGAUUCGGUGGAAGAAUUCGCGAGAAAAUGCCCAGGACGUCACUUGAGGAAAAAAGGUGAACCUGCCAAAACAUCAAAAGAUAAGCAAAAUCAGGUACAAUGGUUAAAGACACUCGAAAAUAAGAUAGAUAUCAAGCUCAAUCCUGAAAUUGCCUUGUCCAAAAUUCAGAAACUAGGCGGGAAGAAUUUGGAGACGGAACGUGAUGCUUUUUUGGAAACCAAUACUGUUGAAAUGGAACCUGGGGUAAAAUUUCGAUGUUCAAUCUGCGGUAAAUUAUUCAAGGGACAGGAGUUUGUGCGAAAACAUAUUUGUCUCAAGCAUGCGGAUAAAGUGAAAAGUCUUGAAAACGAAAUUACUUUCUUAAAUAAUUAUGUAAUGGAUCCGAGUCACCUCCUUCCCACCACACCACCUAAUCCAAUUGCUGCAUUGAAUUCGGCUCCAAACGUAUCUCCUAUUCCUCCUAAUCCAUUCCCUGUAAUGGGAAAUGGUCCACCAGCAAUAUUUCCGUUUAACUUCCCUGCUAUUCUUGGUGCCGCUGCUGGAACACCGCAUGAUCAAAUUCCGAGAAUUGGAUUCGACGGACGCAAUGAUCCCCGCGAUUUACGUAAUCAGAAAUUGUCGACUGAUAAAAGACGAAUGGAUGCUCGUGCUAGAACAAGUGAAUUCCCACUGUCUACCGAUCCUCGUCAAGUCAAAUCCUAUGUUGAUUUAGACGCACCCGCUGAAGGAGACAUUGAGAUCAAAUAUUAA